AUGACGCCGCUCAGAGAAAAGCAUCACGGCGAUGAAGCCUCUCCCAGUUCGCGUCCCACCCGCACUUUGCAUAGAGGAAUCCCUCAGGCGCUGUUUUGUUUUUGUUUUUGUUUUUUUUCCCCCGCUCUCUUAAAACAACCCGAGAGCCGCUCAACUCCUACGCGCAUCUCCUUCCGACGGAGUCAACCGCGGCCCCUCGGGAGCCCCGUCCACGGCGGUGAUUCCCGCCGGGCCGGGACGGCGCCUCAGCCGCUCGCCUGGUGGCUUCCAGCCGCUCCUUCUCAGAAAGGCGACGAUUCCCGCGGAGGGAGCUGCUCGAGGCUACGCGUGUGGCGGCAGGGGCGGGCCGUGAGCUCCGCUGUGGAGCUGCGCUUCAGUCCGUGUUUAGACGACGCAUUACAGUGUUACUGCCAUCUAUGCACAAAAGACAACUUUACCUGUGUAACAGAUGGGCUUUGUUUUACCUCAGUAACACGGAUUGCAGAUAGAGUCAUACACAAUAGCAUGUGUAUAGCAGAAAUCGAUCUGAUUCCCCGGGACAGACCAUUUGUUUGUGCACCAUCCUCCAGAGAUGGAGUUACUACUUUGCCUCAUUGCUGUGACAAAGACCACUGCAAUAAAAUAGAACUUCCAAUUCCAACACCAGGUCCUACUCCAGGAAGACCAGCUUCUAGUCUAGGUCCUGUGGAACUGGCAGCUGUUAUUGCUGGACCUGUCUGCUUUGUCUGCAUUUCAUUGAUGCUGAUUCUGUAUCUUUGUCAUAACCGUACUGUAAUUCAUCAUCGUGUGCCAAGUGAAGAAGAUCCUUCAUUGGAUCGUCCCUUUAUAUCUGAAGGAACUACAUUAAAGGAUUUAAUUUAUGAUAUGACAACUUCAGGCUCUGGGUCAGGUUUACCUUUACUUGUGCAAAGAACAAUUGCACGAACUAUAGUACUCCAAGAAAGUAUUGGUAAGGGUCGCUUUGGGGAAGUAUGGAGGGGAAAAUGGAGAGGAGAAGAAGUUGCUGUGAAGAUCUUUUCUUCAAGAGAAGAGCGCUCAUGGUUUCGAGAGGCAGAAAUUUAUCAAACAGUUAUGCUACGACAUGAAAACAUUCUUGGAUUCAUAGCUGCCGACAAUAAAGACAAUGGUACAUGGACACAGCUGUGGUUGGUGUCAGAUUAUCACGAACAUGGGUCACUCUUUGAUUACCUGAACAGGUAUACAGUAACCGUGGAAGGAAUGAUAAAAUUAGCCUUGUCUACUGCCAGUGGCCUUGCUCAUCUUCACAUGGAAAUUGUAGGCACACAAGGCAAACCAGCGAUUGCCCACAGAGAUUUGAAAUCAAAAAACAUAUUGGUAAAAAAGAAUGGAACAUGCUGCAUUGCAGAUCUGGGGUUGGCAGUUCGGCAUGAUUCAGCUACAGACACAAUUGACAUUGCCCCCAACCACAGAGUGGGAACAAAAAGGUACAUGGCACCUGAAGUUUUAGAUGAUUCCAUAAAUAUGAAACAUUUUGAGUCAUUCAAACGAGCAGACAUCUAUGCAAUGGGAUUAGUAUUUUGGGAAAUUGCUCGUCGAUGUUCAAUCGGUGGAAUCCAUGAAGAUUACCAGUUGCCAUAUUAUGACCUAGUUCCUUCAGAUCCUUCUGUUGAAGAAAUGAAAAAAGUUGUUUGUGAGCAGAAGUUGAGGCCCAAUAUCCCAAACAGAUGGCAGAGCUGUGAGGCAUUACGAGUAAUGGCAAAAAUCAUGCGGGAAUGCUGGUAUGCCAACGGAGCUGCUAGGCUAACAGCUUUGCGUAUUAAGAAAACACUAUCACAGCUUAGUCAACAGGAGGGGAUAAAGAUGUAAUCCUGGAUUUGCUACCAAAAACAAACAAAAAAACUGUAAAAAUCCAUAUCUGCACCAGAGUGGCGUGUUAAGAAGGUUAAUUGUUCUACCUCACUGGGGGAACAGAAGGAUAUUGCUGCCUUUUAAUACUUCAUAGGAACGUCACUUAUUAGGAUUUCUGUGGAUGUGCUGAGCAGUUGCUUUGGGUCCUUUCUGUGCACUAUGAACCUUUUUCUGAGGUUACUUAUAAAACAUCGUGUAGACUAGUUUUACUUUUAUUGACCUAUGAUUUUUUUAUUUGGAAAGUUCAUAGCUGGUCUUAACUUCUAGUAAACUGUACUGAAAACAAGAUCACUUUUAAAAUGGAAAUGGUUCACUGUAUUGUUCUAGAGUGCAUUGAAGGCUGCUUAAGCGACGUUAUUCCUACCUGGUACAUUGAGUAUUCUGAACCACUGUUACAGUUCUUUGAUUCAGAUUUUGAAUGUACUGUUGGAGUAUGCUUUGCUGCCCGUUAAGGUUGUAUGUCUUUUGAAUGCUUACCUUUAUUUGGAAAUUGACCUCAUUCAGUAGUGGGGAACAUAAAUUAUGCAACUAUCUACAUGAUUACUGUUUUUUUCCCAUAUUUUCAAAACACUACAUUGCCUUUAAAAUAGAUUGUACUAUAUCAGUAAGUGCUGCUUUUGAGUCUUUUCAUGCAUACCAGCAAGUGUACAAAGCCCAUGGUACUUUUGAUUUCCAAGAAUGAACUGUCCCUUUCCCUAGGUAAGAUUUAAUUCACGCUCAUUUCAGCAAGUGAGUGUGUAAUUUGUGGAAUACCUUGAAUUUUAACCAAAAUCUAACUCUAACAUUGUAUGAGUCUCAAAGCGUGUAAACUGGUUAAUUGAUUGUCACACUUUGUAAUUGCCAUUCAUGAGUCAUAAUUUAAGAUUUAUUUUAUGUGGUAAUUCUGAAAUAUUGAAGCACCCACCUACUUCAGAAAAAUAGCAAGAAAAUUAAGAUGAUCUUAAGGAAGAUUUUCCCCCUUCAAAUUAAAUAAUAGAAGCAUAUAUUCUGUGCAGUUCUGUGGAGUCUUUAGGCUUAAAAGCUAAUAUUUGCAAUUAAAUGAGCAUGAAGUGUACUUGUAACUAGGGAGACUUAUUUAGGCUUUUGUACAAGAAAGCUAGAAGCUGCCUGUAAAUCUUAUGUGCAUAUUUUUUGUGUGCCACAAAGAAAGUGAUGUGCUAUAGAAACCAGUGAGCUGAAGGUCUUUAGAUGCAAAUGCCAGAAGACUCCAUCAAUGUUCUUCAGACAAACAAAGCUUAUGAUGGCUUGUGUUGUCGUAAGAAUACAGAAAAGCAUGCCUGGCUUUAGUCAGACUUUGCCUGAAAUUGUAGGGACAUCACAACAUCUUCAGAAACUUAUUUAGAAAUUGAAUUCCUUCCUGCCCAACUUCCGAAUGAGGGUAGGGAAACUUUUUAAAAUAUGUUUUAAGAUAUGUUUUAAUUGCAGUGGUAGGAAGAGUGUGGUUGAUCUUUGGCUUCCUUAGUGCCUGGUAAUUAGUAUAUAAACUAACAAUUAACCUUUUACUCUCCAGGAGUAUUCUUGGCGAGCAACACGCAGCAACCUUAAUUCUGCUUUCUUUUUGUUUUUCAGCAUAUAGCUCCUCGAAGGUUUUUCACAGAGCUAGUAGUGAUGGCAAAGUGAUUUGCUAAUAGUAGCAUAGCUGAGAUUGUGCCCCUUCGUCUGUGAUGCACAAUUAGUAACAGCAGUAAGAUGGGCAGACCCUAGUGAAAAGGCCAUGUAGAUGGCAAAAGUCUUGGCCAAGGCAUAGCGUUAGGUAAGUCUUGAGCAGUUCCAAAUUCUUAAUGCUUGCUUGGAGAUGGGUUUAAAUGAUGCGGGAAUUACAGACUGGCAGAGCUUGAGCUGCAUGUAAUGGAAUUCUUUCUUCAGCCACCAUUGUGGAUGAGUUUAGAGAACAGAACAUAAUGAAAGAGAAGUUCUUAGUAGAAAACAGUUGGGUUGCAAUGUUCAUACAACUGUCACACCUGUGUGUUGUGUUUCUUUUUGGCACGCUGCUUUCAGGACGCUAUCAGUCAAAGUUAAAUCAAAAUGACUUCACAUAGGGAUUGUAAACUACUUUUAUGCAAAUGACCAGUUUUCCAAAUAUGACCAUUUAAACAAAAUGACCAAAUGUAACUAAACUCUUCAUUCUACUUAAUUGACAUGCCCCUUUAAUGCAUCCUAUAGAUGCAGAAAAAUACUUACGGAAAACAAGUCAGCAUCAGAGGAAGACUUAUUAUUUACUCCAUACUAAUUUUAAAGACUUACUAUUUAAAUAAUGCUAAAUUUUGACAUUUGUCAUAGCUUUACCUGAUUCCUUAUCAUAGAUACAAAUGGUAUUGUUCAUAAUUUAGAAACAUCAUGCCAUGGGAAGGACAGUCAAUACUGUGUGACAUUACAAAUAUUAUUUUAGAACAACUGUGUUGUUCAUAUUGGAAUGCAGUACAGGAAAAUUCUGAAUGGAUAUGUAUGUAUCCUCAGUUUGGAUAUCACAACUUCAUGCUGUGUUCUUUUACAUUAUAAAAACUGAACACCUUUUACAAAGGCUGUGUCUGUAUAUAUUACGUAACUUUAAAUGUUACCUGUGCAAGAUCAUAUCUUAUAUGUAUGGACACAGGUACAUAAGUAUUUUUUAAAUUAAGAUUUUAUUAUCACCGGAUCUGCUCUUGGAAAUCCAGGGGGACCAAAAUAUUUUAGCAUUCAAAAUACUAAUUUUAUAUCAUUUCAAGUAUAUACCAAAACAGUUUGAAUACUGAUGCAAAUGUUUAUUGUAAAUAUAUGUACCUUAUAUGUUCACCUAAGGUUUAUGGAUUCAAUCAAUUUGAUAUUUUAGUAGCAUUGGAAGCCUCGGCAAUCAGUUGGAUGCAUACUGACAUGUAGAAUAAAGAGUGGGGAAAAUUUUCUGAUGCUGAAAAGCCCAAAAUAAUGAUUUUGGAAUGCUGGAGUUCUUCAGGGACCUUCUAAUGUUGAAAGCUGGAAUUCUGAGAUGUUUAUCAAGCUGAUUUUCCAGGCAUGAUGAUCUACUGUCACCCUCCUGUGGUCUCACUUGUAAUCCUGAGAAAGACUUUGUAUAUAAAAGCAUUGACUGUAUGGGAACAUGAAGGUGUCAAACAAAUAAGAGGCUAUAUUAUAUUUUCAGUAAUGGUUCUGCGCGUGAUUGUCAUGAAUUCCAGCUUUUAGUUAGUUCCUUGUUUAUAUUGUUCCAUUGAAACGAUUGUAUGGUGUUAAUCAUUUUAUGUUAAAAAAAAAAAAAAUCACUAUCAGUUGCUUUAAACUCUAAUUACCUCUUAAAAGGCCAAGGUACAUUUACCUCGUGUAUAUAAUGCUUAAUAUUUUCAGAACAUUUUCCAGGUUUGCAGUUACAUGUUUUUAGAAUAUGGCUAACCCUAAAUUUUUAGCUUCAGUGGUACUAAAUGUAUUUUCCCAUGCCCCAAAACACUUUCAUAUUCCAUAUUUUAUUGUAUUAGCAAGUCUGCUGCUUUGAGUGUAGCACCUACCCCUUUAUGUAGCUGUGUGGAUGGACACUGCCUUGUAAAUCUUACUUCUUGGAUGAUAAAUUUGAUGAUUCUGUACAGAUGACUGUCACUUUUUUAAACCUUAGAAAAUUGUGCAUUUCCCCUUACAUUUCUGAAAAUGCAUUGUAUUUUUAGAGUAUACAUUUCAGUGGAUUGUAAAUAGGAUGGCAGUAGAAGAGUGGAUGCAUAUAUUAGGUGCUAACACUACAACAGAGAGAUUAAAGGAGUGAAAAUGAGUAUAUAUAUAUAUUUUAUUAUUAUUUUUUCCCCUCAAAAUGUUUUAAUUGUCUUUCAGGGGAAGACAUUACAGGUAUGUUCUGAACUGGCAAAGUGUGGAUUUACAUGAGGUACCUGUGAAUUCCUUUUCUCUGAAGGAAUUUUUGCUGCCAUGAAAAUGAUGAGAAGGGGUUUGCUAAUGCUGAAGCAAUCCAUCCCAUGUAUGCCAUACAGAUGAUGAUAAUGUGUCCAGUCUUGCUUGUAUCCUAUAAUACGUUUUGGAUAAAUGUAGUGUUGGUGUCUCUGAUCUCUUAGCUAAAACAACAUGACUGGCUAUAAAUUGUGCUUCUUUUUUAUGUUUACAUAGAAAUAAGCUAGCACUUAAAUGUAUGUUUAAGAGAAUUUGAGACUUGAGCAGCUAACCUCAGUGCAUUGCAGAAUAGCCAGUAAAGUCAAUGUGUGUUGAAUUUAACUGAUACAACAAAAAUUAAGAUAUCUUGCUCUUCUACAAUGCUAUGUGCACCUAUUAUUAUCUAUUACCUAUUGUCUAUUAUUAGAACUGUUCAGUUGGAAAAGGACCUACAAAGGCCAUGCAGUCCACCUGCCUGACCUCUUUAGGGCCAUUAUUCUCAUAGCUCUUGAACAUGGACAGGCGUGGGGCAUCGACCACCUUGCUGGUAAACCUGUUCCAGUGUUUGACCAUGCUUACAGAAAGUAAACACUUCCUAAUUCCCAGUCCUCUCCUUCCACAGCUUUGGGCUGUCCCCUUGCACUAUGAACACUGGUAUCAUUGCCUCAUUUGACUAGCUGACUAUGUUGAAUUUAAUGCACCCCAAACUGUGGUUUGCCCUCUUGGCUGCCAGGGCAUCAGCACAGCUUCCAGUAAAAUCUCUCCAAAAUAGGAAUCCUUAAGGUGUCCAGAGAAAGUCAAAAGCCACAUCAAAAUGUGUUCUUUAAAAACUGUCACAUAUUUGGCUGAAAACAUGCCUUUAUGCUGUAAGCUGCCAAAGGAAGGCCUAGCACUAUGAACUACUAAAAUGCAGUAAAAUUCAAGGUCCCACUCAUAAAUCUGCUGGCAGAGGAAAUAUAUGGCUUCUAAAUAGUAUAAUGGUGUUACCAUCUACCAAGCUUAAUUUUAUUAAAUAUGGACUUCUGAAUCUUAUCCUGAAAGCAUGAAACACAAGUUAAAAUCAUGUCAUAAAAAUACACUUGAUAGCAAGCAGUUGUUCUUCUGGCAGGUGAUUUUUAAUCUUGAGUGAAAUAUGGACUUGUAUGAUCAUUUAUAUAUAUAAAUUUUUUAUUAUUAUUAUUAUUAUUUUUGCUGCAAGGACUUGUUAAAAUGUACAUGGUCUUUCUAGGUCUCUCUUUGGUUUAUGUGUAGUUUCAAAAAAAAAAAAAAAACAAACACCUGUAAGCUGAUAAUCUAUGAUCAGGAAACAUUUGUGAGGCUGUUUUAAGAUAAUUUAAGAGGAGCUGCUGAAUGCACGAGUUCUGCAUUCUAUCUUUCGCAAGUCAUUCAGCAGAGCUGGGGUUUGCUAUCAAAGUUCAAGAUGGAAAAAAUGUCUUGGGAAAACUUGAGGGCAUUUUCUGCUUUAGAAAUCAAAACCUCCUACUAAUGUGAUGAGGUAGGAUGAUGAAAGUGUGUGCCACUGUUUCUUAUGCUGUUCUAUUACAGAUCUAUUCACUGAGAGGUCCCCAAAAUGUCCAGUUCCAGUCAUGCUGCAGAUCAGAUGUCUCUUCCUCUUUUUUUGUCACUGUCAUAAAAAAAGAAAGAAUCAUAGAUAAGUUCCAUACAUACAAAUGACUCAAAUUAAUUGAGCCCGGCAAAGGAAGUAUUCUUGCUUAAGGUAGGCUGACAACAAGUUGUUAAUCACUGUGGGUCGUGAGUGUAAAGAUCUAACUAAAAAAAAAA